UAUAUGGCCGAAUCUCUGCAUACGGUUGUGGAAGGCGAUGGCAUUCUUCCGAACGUUGUCUACACAAUCAGUAUCCCCAUGACAGACGCCAACUGGGCCAAGUACAAACAGCUUCUCGCCGUCUUCGGAUUUGCCAGCGGUAUGGACGCCAAGCUUGAGCACGUGGAGGGCUGGAAGGCUCUGGCAAGUGCGAGUAAGAGAGACCUUGAUAUGGCUAUACUUUCACCAGAGCUGAUACAGAUCUGGAAAGGGAUGUGGGUUGAAGGUGGAGCUGGCUAUCCGGGUACCUUGCAGAAUUCUGAGCAGUAG